UCGGCCCCUGCGGGCGCUGUUGGGUCAGGCCCUGUCCUGUGGCACUGGGUGUGAGGACGGACCUGCUGACGUGGGCCCCGGGGCCUGGCCCGGCUCCCUUCGCCAGACCGGGGCCAUCUGCUCCUGUAUCGGGCUCUGGCAGGAAGCAGCCGGCAUGCCCCAGGCUGAUUGCUGGCGUUUCCUGGUGCUGAAUGAGCAGAUGGGCCAGGAGGGAGGAGAUCCCAUGUGACAACAGGGCCCGGCCUGGGGUCACAUUGUCACGGAGUGUGGGGGAGUCAGGGCCCUGCAUCCCCAAUUCCUGCGAUUCACCGGGACUCUCAGCCAGCCAGUGAAACGGAAGGUUUAUUAGACAGGAACACCGUCCAAACGGUGCUCGUAGGUACAACCAGGACCCCUCAAUCAGGUCCCCAGGGGUGUAGGGAGCUUAUCCCUCAGCUUUGGGGCUCCCUCGGCUUCCCCAGCCAGCUCUAAACCGAAACCCCUCCAGCCGUCUCCUCCGGCCACCGCCCCCGGCUCCUCCCCCAGCCUUUGUCCAGUUUCCUGGGGAAAAGGUGUCACCUGGCCCCAACCCCCCUCCUGGGCUCAGGUUACAUGCUCCGGUAUCGUCGCCCUGGUAUCCCAUCACCAAUGCCGACAGUCUCAAUAAAACUCCCGCGCAACAUUCCCAGGUCAAUCCGCCUCACUCGCUGCUCCGUCACACACAUGCAGGGCACCGUGUGGCGUGAGAGGCAAAGCCCCCCGUGAAUGUGUGUAGGGCGCGGCUUCGCCUGCCAGAGGGGCUGGAGCCUGGUGCUCCGGGGCUGGGUGGCGCUGGCUUUAACUGUCUCUGGGGAUGUCCAGCGCUUCUGCAGAUCUGGGUCUGGAGCCCGAAUUCCUGCCACCUGCUCCAACCCACGACCGCUGCUGGGGUCCUGCAUCCCGCUCGGGAGCCCACAACUCACGGAGGAGGAGGCAGAGAUGCCGGAUGAAGUGAACAUUGAUGAACUCCUGGAGCUGGACGCAGACGAGGCGCGGGCCGCGCAGCUGCAGGGCAUCCUGAAGUCAUGUCACAACAACACACAGGCCUUCGUGCAGGAGCUACUCCUCAAGCUGCGGGGGCUCCAGAAGCAGCAGGUCCUGCAGCGGCGGCCCAGCCCGGAGCUCCAGGAGCGAGCGUGACCCCUGCCCAGGGAGGGGCCCCCUGCGGCCCUUGGUGGCAGCAGCUUCCUCCGGACGAGGGGGACCAGCGAGGCCCUGCAAAUCCAGCCUGGGGCCGGGGGUUGCUCGGCGGAGCCUCCUGAUGCGACAGCUUGUGCCCCUGCACCUGGGGAUGGCACAGGCCUGGCCC